AUGCUGAAAAGGACGACAUCGCCUCUUCCGACGACGACUAGCUAUACUCGAGCCUGGCUUGCUGCAUCUACAUGGCUUCUGAGCGAGAGCUCUAUGCACCAAGCUGACCUUCCAUUCUGGAAAGCGCGGAUAUCUGACCAUGGGGGAGAAUUCGAGGAGAGCCGAAAGGAGCGCGAGGCCUGCACAAUGCACGAUGCACGCCAGGAAGCUGUGCUGAGCCCAAGUACAACUUAUCAGAUAUCCAGCACGUCGAAUGCUCCACCUCUUCUGCUAUUGCGCCUAUCUGAUGGGGUGGUUCUCAAGUCGCGCUCCCAAAUAUGGCGGUGGUUGCCAUUACCAGCGCUCCUUGUUUUCAUCAGCCUCGAGGUGCUGCAUCGAUAUCCCGAAUUUUCAUCACCCUCUCCACCUCUUCUUCUUAUUCGAAUGCACAGUUUGCAUCCGGGUCGUCCGGCGAAGUCUUUGGGAGUGGUCGUGGAUGUCGGAAUGAAAUGUGAUCUCGAGAUAUCGCGGCUGAAGCGCGAGCAGCGAGCAGAGCUGAAAGCAAUCACUGCGCUGACUGAAAGCCUUUGGAAUCCGAGGCUACAGCAACUUGUCGCGUAUGUUGAUAAAUCCACGAAUAAUGCCAGAACGAAGGAUCGCGGAAUGGCAAGAACGGGAUCCCAAAAUAGCCCCAGUAACGGAGAAGUAAUAUCAGCCCAUUGCAUUUCUUGGGACGGUAGGCAGCUACUUGAGUCGGACAUUGUCCCGUUCACUACUAAUCAACAACAUCUUAUGAGAUUGUAUCGAAAGCAGCAUCCACCAACACUCAGACCGAGAUACUAUGUACUACAUCCUUCCCAAAUCGGCAACAAGCAUUUCAAACUCAAAAGACUCUCUGAAAACAAAUCAAAAAUUGGCCCAGCGCUCCCAAUGUCUCAACCAGAGACUCCUUCGACAACAUCACAAUCCUCAGCUUUGUCUGAGCAAUCGACCGUUUCGACACCAGCGACAGAAGUCUCAACAAGCGGGAGUCCCGCCCCAGGUCAAAGCACAAGCUCAUAUCUCGAAUCGAUUUGCAUUGGCGGAGUCAAAGCAACAAACGACCGAGAUCUCGACUUCCAAAACGGUGGACUCUACAAGUCUGUGUCUCCCAACUUUCGUGCUCACUUUGAGAAUUUCCCACAUCCUCUCACCUUGGCUGAGCAUAGCGCGCUAUUGUACGACAAACAAUCGAGCAGUUCCCGCAUUAUCAUGGAUUCUGGUGUUGCGACGGUGUUUAUGGAGACUGAAGUCACCGGGGCACCGGAGGAGAUCAAGACGUUUCUGAUGAAUGAGUUUAAGUUUCGGAGGGAGAAGGGUGUCUGGAGGUGUCAUUUGCAUCAUGGAAUGAAGGGGAUAGGAGAUCAUAAUCAGCUUUUUGGGAGAUGA